UGACAGAGUCAGAUUUGAGUGAGACAGAUGAUAAUGGAAAUCAUGCCUAAAGAUCGUCACUCAACAUCUUCUUUUUCUAAUACGUUUUCACCGCGUGUGUGCAGCUUGUUAAGCUCAGCUGACAUCGACUCAUCAAAAAAACUCAUCUUUUGAACGCUCGCCACAGGUCUUUGAAGAUAAUCAGUGCAUCACAUGACGGAUUUUGGCCAAUCACGCUCCAGUAUUUACCUAGGCAUUAUCACUUGUAAUGAGUUUAAAGUUUUUAUGAAAAUGAACAGAGUCUGCCACAGAUAUGAAGGAUGUCAAACAUUCGAAGGAAAAUGAAGCCGGGUAAAAGUCAGACGCUUGGGAAAUUUUUAAGUUUUUGAGUCGCAGAUCGCUUUAGCCAGAUGUCGAGUCCGUACAAACAAACGCUGGUUAUUUUUCUGCGGUUUUUUGUAAUGAAGGUAGUCUUUGCUGCCCUUCAGAAUGACGCCAUUCAAUUCUCGUCCAACCAAGAAGUUUUCGUCGGUGAAGAUGCAAUUUUUAAGUGGUCACUUAAUGAAAACUUGGCUAAUAACAUUGGCGAUGUCAAAUUUGGAGUCGUGACAAGACCAGCAAAACACGGUGAACGACUUGACGCGAUUUUACUCAGGACUCUCCCUUCGGGGAAAACCAAGUGGAAUCGACAUUCAAGUUAUGUUACAGCGUAUGUCAAUCGUACUGAAGUGAUUCAAAAUGCGCUUGCAGAAUUCAAAAUAUCGAAUGUUCAACUAAAUGAUACAUCAGAGUACUAUUGUACAGUGCGAAAAACCGAUGAAACUCAGACAAUGAUAACUGACUAUGUCCAACUCAAAGUAAUCGAUAUUCAAAUACUGAAGGAGACAUCAAGCCAAGACGUCAUAUCUUGGAAAGGACACAAGAUUCGCCUUCACUGCAACGUUAGAAUCAUCCCGAAUACUAUUAAAAAAUUUACCUGGCGAAAUAAGGGAACCAGUGGAACAAUAGUCAACCCUUCAAAACAACGCGACACCGUGAAUGGAAGUACGCUGACCAUAGUUACCUUCAAGGAUACGGACUUUGGACCUUAUGAAUGCGUUGCUAGGACACCAACCACAGAACAAAGACACGUGAUUCGUAUCAAGCGACUAUAUGAGCCGUCGGAGCCUGGAAACUUUAGCCACAGUCGCCGGCUUGUCAAACGUCUAAACUGCACUGUUGUAGCAAAGGUGUCUUGGAUGCCGCCCCUCAAACACGGAGGAGCUCCAGUCACUCACUAUAUCGUAGAGUAUAAACCUUUUGGGCGGAAAUGGAGCAAAGCAUCGAAACAAUUGGUUGACACAAAUUAUAUCAAAAUCUGCAGACCCCCACGUGAUGAAGGGGGUGACGGCCUUCGUGUUCGUGUUAAAGCUAAAAAUAAAGUGGGUGUCGGGAAUUCAUCACGAGCAACAAUUGUCACCUUCUGGGAUGUGCCAACAGCUCCAUUAAAUUUGAAGUCUCGGUUACGGCGUGACCUAGGGGAGCCCUUCAUCGAGCUCGCCUGGGAUUGCCCACUCCACGAUGGUGGAAUACCCGUAUCCACAUACCAGGUGGAAUACAAGCACAUAGGCGCAGCAUGGAGAAACGCAGCAAGCUUACAGACUGUAGAGAAACAAAUCAACAUCUGGAAAACGUCCCAGGAUGAGGACGUCUAUCACGUGCGCGUGUCAGCAGUCAAUGGCGUCGGGUUUGGUGAAACCUCGAACAUUCUUAAAGUGGCGUUUGCAGAAGCUCCUUCAAUGCCGUUGGACGUCGUCGAGAAAACGGUCCUACAUGCUAAGAAGACGCCCCCACACAUUCACAUCGCAUGGAAAAGACCGCUGGACAAUGGCGGGUUAAAGAUAACUCACUAUAAAAUCGAGUACAAAAGUGUGAAUCUAAAGAACUGGAAUCUAGCAAAAUCUGACCUCGUUGUGGACGAGAAAUACAUCAUUAAAGACGCUGAUGAAAACCAAGAGUACAUAGUACGAGUGUCAGCAAAGAACAACAUGGGGUUCGGGCCAUGGUCAAAGCCUGUUGUCGUUAAAUACAAAGAUAAAAACUUCGUGGCUUUCAAAGCACGUUCACAGGGAUCAAGUCUAACGCCCGUGAAUAACAGUGUACUGGCACUAGUAUUCCUAUUGGCUACCAUUUUAACAAAGCUUUUACCCAGAUGAUGGAAGAAUUUUCAAGAAAACUAACAUGGCGGCCAUGUUGGAAGAUAUGACCAAGAAAUUCCGGUAAUUUAUUCCAACAUUUCUGCUGUGACGUCUAAACGCAAGUGAGACUUGACCAGACAUCAAUAUCAAAACAGUGUUUAGAUUUAAUCAGAACUUAGAUAUACAAGUAGGUGUUUUAUAUAGGUAGACAUUCAAAGCCGUUUUCGUCUUUGUAGCAGGCUUUGAUUUGAACAUACUUGAUCAAACACUGAAGCGGGCAACAGCAAAACAUGCAAUGAAAUCAGACUUAAAUUAGAAUCAUUGUUCAAAGCUGUGCUUGAGUACUGCAAUUUCUUGCAAUGUUUUUCACGGAUAUAUGGUAUGCACUCUAUAUUUAAAAUAACUAAUACUUUAAAUAGUUAUUUUGAAAUAUCGUCAAUACAGUGCGAGCAGGAACUCGAGUGAAGUGAUCAAUAAAUGGGCUCAGAAUUGUUCUGCAAACCCACAAAUUUCUCAAUGAAAUACACUGAAUACGUAUACCCGCUACUUCUAGUACUUUUAUUCUUAUAGUGAGUGCAUAUACUGAUUUCAUUACUAGUUACAAUCCGUCAUAUCAUUGACUCUUAAUCUCCACCUUAGUUUGCCGAAUAUUUACAAAAUAUCAUUAAUUUAUUAUUUAUUCAUUGCAUUCCCCAUCCGCUUCAGGCCUACGAAUGGCUCAACGAAAAAAAAAAACUAUAUGGCAAAAUUAAAGUAGUUUUUAAAUU